AUGAAUAUUUUUAUAGGUGAAAAUGAAAUAAAACAAUUAAUAGAAGGAAGAAAUCAACUUCAAGAUGAUAUAUCAAAUAAUAAUCAGGAAAUUCAUAAUUUAAAAUGUCAAAUAGCAGAAUAUGAACAAGAAUUACGAGAAUUGAAUGAGAAAUAUUUUGAAGUAUUAUCAAAUAUUGAGAAGCAAACUCAAUCAUCUUCGCGAGUCGAUCAACUGAUUGAUAAUGAAACUCAAACUGAUGAUCAACAACAUGAUAAACUUAUACAAGUUAAUAGUAAACUUAAACGUGCACUUCAAACUAUUAAAGAAAAAAUUCAUCAUGUUGUUAUCGAACGACCUGAAUUAUUUGUUGAUUCAGCUGAUGAUACGAUCGAACGACUUGAUCAUUUAAUUUCUGUUAUCGAACAACAAACAGUACAAAUGAAAAUUUUACAAACUGAACAUGAUCAUAAACAAAACGAAAUCAAUGACCUUCAAAGUUCUCUUGAAUCAUAUCGACAUAAAAUACAAGGUAAUCUUUCUGACAAAGAUCAAGAGAAAUCUUUAUUAGAGAAACGUUUAAAUGAACUUGAACUUGAACUUAAAAAAACGUUAAAUGAUCAUUCAUCAACAAUGAUUAAAUUCGAAUCACUUGCUCGAGAACAUGAUGUUCUUGUUCAACAACAAAAACUUCAAUCAAUAGAACAUCAACAAGAAAUUGAAGAAUUACAAGACGAAUUAAUAGAACUCAAAGAAAUAUAUAUACCAUCAAUUGAUGAAAUUAAAUCAUUGAAACAAACUAUUGAACAACAAUCAGAAAAUCUUAUAGAUUUAAAUGAAAAAAAUCUUAUUCUUUCAUCUCAACUUGAUACGCAAAAAAAAGAGAUAGAACAACAAACUAAUGAAUUAGACAAUCUCACAAAAGAAUAUACAAAACUUCUUGAAUUAAUAUCUAUUGAAAAAAUAGAUAAUGAAACUCAAACAGAUGAUCGUCAACAUGAAAAAUUAAUUCAAAUUAAUAAUAAAUUAAAACGUAUUUUACAAACAUUCAAAGAAAAAAUUCAUCGAAUUGUUAUUGAAAAACCAAAUUUAUUUGAUGGAAUUAGUGAAGAAACAAGUGAACGUCUUGAUCAUCUCAUUUCAAUAGUUGAAAAUCAAACAACACAAAUCGAUCUUAUACAAACUGAACGUGAUCAAUUAGAAAAACAACUUCGAAAUGAAAUAAAAAAACUUGAAAAAUCAUUGGAAACAAGUCAAAACGAACUUAACUAUGAACAACAAGUGAGAAUUGAACAACUCGCGGCUGCUGCACCAUCUGAAGACCUCAGUUCUUCCAUUGCCGAAGAUUAUCAAAAGCAGAUCGAUGAACUUAAACAAAAACUAUUUGAAAAUAAUGAAGAGAAAACUUUAUUAUGUGGCCGUCAUAAUGAAGUUGAACUCGAACUAAAAGAAAUAAAACAUAAACAUGAAUUAACAUUGACUAAAUACAAAGAAGAAUUGCUAUCUCUUGUAGAAGAACGAAAUGAACUUAUUGAACAACAAACAAUUUCUUCAACAGAACAUGAACGCGAAAUCGAGCAAUUGAAAAAGAAUAAUGAUCAAAUACGAGAAGAAUUAACUAAACUGAAACAAUCACCUGAUUGUCGACAUGUAGAAAUUCAAACAUAUGAAGACAUUGACGCAUUGCAUGAAUUAAUAGAGCAACAAACAGAACAAGUGAAAGUUUUGAAGGAAAAAUGUCUUUCUCUUGCUAAUGAAAUUGAUUCUAAUGCAGAAUUACAAACUGAAAUAGAAAGAGAAAGAAAACAAACUGACAAACAAUUAAAUGAAUAUAAAAAUCAAAUAGAAACUCUCAUGAACGUACGUACAAAUCUUUUACAAGAAAUAGAAAAAUAUACUUUAUCAUCAAUCAAAACAACAAAUAAUCAAUGUCAAACAGAUUAUGAUGAUCAAUUUAAGAAACUGAAACGUACAUUUAAAACUUUUAAACAUAAGAUUUAUCGUUUCGUAAAUGCAAGACCAGAUCUAUUCAAUGGUAUCGGUGAAGAGACAAGUGAACGUCUUGAUCAUUUAAUUUCAAUUGUUGAAAAUCAAUCAACACAAAUUAAUGUCUUACAAGUUGAACGUAAUCUAAUCGAAGAACAACUACGAAAUGAAAUAAAAGAACUUCAAAAUUCUUUGGAAGCAUAUAAAAAUCAAAUUGAAAAUGAACGUUUAACAAAAACGGAACAGAUUGUAUCUACUUCUUUAUCAACACCAUCUUCUGAAAAUAUCAGUGCAUCUCUUAUUGAAGAUUAUCAAAAUAAAAUUGAUCAAUUGCAAGAAAAUCUCUUUCAAAAAGAUGCUGAACAAGUAUUACUACAAGAACGUUUUAAUAAUAUUGAAUUCGAACUCAAACAAACAUUAAUGAAUAAAUAUGAAACACUUUUACAUGAGCGAGAUGAACUUAUUCAACAACAAACAUUUCGCUUAAUAGAAAAUCAAUGUGAAAUUGAACAGUUUAUGAAACUUAAACAAUCAGCUGAUUACCAACAUGUAGAAAUUCAAACAGAUGAAGACAUUAAAGCAUUACAUGAACAACUUAAUGAUCUGAAUGAAAAAAAUCUUACUCUCUUAUCUCAAAUUGAAUCUCAAGAUGAACUCAAAAGACAAAAGAAAGAAAUUGAAGCACAAUUAAAUGAACAUAAAACUCAAAUUGAAAAUCUCAUGAAUGAACGUCAAAAACUUGUAGAAGAAAUAGAAAAAUAUAUUUCAUCAUCUAUUCAAUUAGUCGAUAAUGAAAUUCAAACAAAUGAUGAUGAUUUUGAGAAAUUACUUCAAACUAAUAAUACAUUAAAAUAUACAAUCGACACAAUCAAUGACAAAAUCAAUCAUAUUAUAACUGGAAGACCAGAUCUAUUUAAAGAUAUUAGUGAAGAAACUAAUGAUCGUCUUGAUAGUUUAAUUUCAACUAUAGAAAAUCAAACCAAACAAAUCAUUAAAUUACAAUCUGAAUAUGAUCAAGUAGAAGAAAAAUAUCAACGUGAAAUCAAUGAUUUACAACGGUAA